GUCGAGCAAGGAACCCUACUUCGAUUCCUCUGCACCACAGAACGUCUCUGCGCUCAUCGGCAAAUCCGCUUACCUCACAUGCAAAGUCAGGAACAUCGGAAACAGAACGGUGUCCUGGGUCAGACACAGGGACAUCCACAUCCUCACAGUCUCAACUUAUACAUACACUUCAGACCAGAGGUUCAUGGCACUACAUCACCCUCUAGACGACGAUUGGACGCUCCAGAUCAAAUGGGUCCAAAAACGUGAUGCUGGGAUCUAUGAAUGUCAAAUCAGUACUUUACCAGUCCAAGCCUACUUUAUCAAUUUGAACAUUGUUGUUCCUACUGCAACUAUUAUUGGAGGUCCUGAUAUUUAUGUUAACUAUGGAAGUACCAUUAAUCUGACUUGUACAAUUACACACAGCACCGAACCUCCUCCUGCAUACAUCUUUUGGUAUUACAGUAAAGAAGAUGAUAACACUUCUACUAAUUCUCCAUCAACCAAGGGUCCAGUCAGAGUUGUUAGCUAUGAUUCAGAAAGAGGAGGUGUAAGUAUAAUAACAGAUAAAGGAGAUGUAACUACCAGCCGCCUUCUCAUCACUAAUGCCCUUCCUUCAGAUGAAGGACGUUAUUCUUGCAGUCCUUCAAAUGCUGAUAUGGCUACUGUUCGAGUACAUGUCCUGUCAGGUAUACCAUAG